AUGUCUAAAACGGCUGAAUAUAUUCUGGCUGAAGGUGAUACUUUUUUGCUUCCAUCAAAUGCAAUACAUCGUAUCAAUGAUAAAUUAGAUGAUGCAUCAGAUUUUUCAUCAGUAUAUUCUAAUGAACCUGAAUUUGCAAUUGGUGAUGGACAUGAUGAAGAUGAAUUAUAUAUGGAUGAUGCUGAAUUCGCUGAAAGACUUUAUAAAUUUGGCUUAGAUAUAAAUGGUCUUCCAUUACGUGAUGAUCUACUUUUUGAAACAUUUGAAAAAGCUGCUAAUUUUACUUUAAAAGUACAAGAACUUUCAUGGUGGCAAAAAUUUAAAGGAAUUAAAGCAAAUCCAAUUCAGGUACCACAUAUCGCACUUUGGGAUUAUUUCGGUGGUACAUCAUGUCUUGAUAUUAAUUGUACAGCUGGUGAUCAAAUCAAUGUGCUUUGUGAAGAAUUUCAAGUUCGUGAAAUUAAUAGUAUAACAUCAGAUGGUCGAACAUUUUUACGACUUCCAAUGCAAUGGUCAUUAGGUCGAUGGAUGAUAAAUCGAUCAUUUCAACCAAAUGUUGGAUUAAUACCAUCUUGUUGGCUUAUUAAAAAAAGUUUUUAUAAUGAAAAUAAAAGAUUAUUUAUUGAACCAACAUGGUUUUUGGGUAUCUGUGAUAUUAGCACCGCUUAUGAUUAUCUUCUGGAAGAUCGUAGCUCUUAUAAACCAGGAUUAUUUGUCAUCUUUUCACCAAUUUGGCUCAAUAUUGAUCCUCAUGAUCAUCGACCAUAUAUCAUUCUUGUUAUGUGUUGCAAAAGCAAUAAUAUCAUGAAUGAGAUGAUAGAAGUUUAUACGAAUCAAAUUAUAACAGCAAAAGGUGCAUUAAAUGAUUUAAAUAAACGAUUAGUUUCCAUUUUGCAAUUACCUAAUAUGGAAGAUCAGGCGCAAAAGAAAUUAGUUGAGCAAGAGGAUAAAGAUGGAAAAAAAAUUGGCGUGGAAAAGGAGGAAAUCGAUCCAGAUCGUUUGGAACAUACGACAUUACCGUUCUACAUUAAAACUUAUACAAUUCGUCGCAAUCAAAUUGGACGUUAUUUGUUGUUCAAUCGACAAUUUUCAACACUUUACGACUUAGUCUAUUACUACACAAAUUAUCAAUCAUCAUUUCCACACAAACUUAAUUAUGGUCCAACAAAAAAGCAACAAGUUGUUUGUUUCCACAGCGUUCCAGCACCAUUCACCUCACCAAUUCGCGACAUUUACGCAAUGACAAUGAAAAGUGAACAAUGGGCAGCGCGACAUUUUGAUCAGAUAACAGAACCGGCGCUUCUGUCGCAAGCAUUUUCAUUUACUUCCCGUUCAAUUUUUGAUCCUUCUAAGAAGUCACAUAUGGAUUUUGCUCGUUCUAUAAAACUCAAUGAUGAUGCCAUCGAAGAAGCUCGUAAUUACAUGAAGCGCUCUAUGUCAAAGAAAAAUAAAGAAUCUACUAAGAAUUCAAUUCCUGAUCCUAUACCAAUCGAUGAAUCAAUAUUGAAGACGAAUGCUACGAUCGAAAUUAACAUUGCAAAUUUGAAAUAUUCUCCAGAAGAUAUGCUUGGAUCAGGAGCAUUUGGUUCAGUGUAUCGUGGAAGCUUGGAAACAGCUGAUGGCAAGGUAAAUGUUGCUAUUAAAAAACUGAAAAUAGCUGCACCGAAUGCGGAACAUCGACAAUCAUGGAUUUCUGAAAUGGAAAUUUUGCAGGUAAUAAGUCAUCCAAAUGUAACGAAAUUCUACGGCUUUUGUUAUGAUGAAACGAAGGAAUAUGCAAUGCUUACAUUCGAACUUAUGGAUGUUGGAUCGUUAGCUGACUUCAUGAAGGCACAUGAAUAUAACAUAUCAGCAAAUGAACAUGUCGAUUUUCUCUCGCAAAUAGCCCGUGGUAUGGCACAUCUUCAUUCACUAGAUCCACCAAUUGUACACGGGGAUCUCGCUGCACGCAAUGUUUUAAUUUGUCAUCACCCGAAAGAUGAAACAAGAUAUCUGUUGAAAAUAAGUGACUUUGGUCUAUCAAAAACGACUCGUCACGAAGUACAUUUCCUCCCCGAUGAUCCGCAAAAAAUGCCUUUCAAAUGGUUGCCACCAGAAGUGCUACAUCGCCGAGAGCUGAGCACGAAAUCAGACGUGUGGGCAUAUGCAAUACUUGCCACAGAAAUUUAUGGUGUAAUUGAUCCAUAUGGAAUGCUGCCGAACGAAAAAGUGUUACCUUUCCUGAAAGACGAUCAUCGAAUGGAGAAACCAUCGGCUAUGCCUUAUUACAUCUACAACAUUGUCUUACAGUGCUGGAGAAAACAGCCUGUAGAUCGACCUACUUUUGAUGAAAUUGUUCGUUUUUUAAUGCCAUAUUACAUCGAAUAUGAAAGUAGUCACAUCGUCCUGUUAACAUCCAGGAUAAUUGCCGAGACCAUAACGAGUAAAAAGAAUUAA